AUGAAAACAUUGAAAUAUCUUCAUCUAGAAUGGUCUAAAACUAGUAGUAUGAAUCAUGCACGACGGGAUCAUGCAGCAUUCACAUUAAAAAAUGGAAAAGUAUUAGUUUGUGGUGGAUUUGAUAAUGGUGCAAUGAAUAGUGCUGAGUUGUAUGAUCCAUCAACAGCAAAUUGGACAACUAUUGAUAGUAUGAAUGAUGCCCGAGGUGAACACACAGUAUCCUCACUAAACAAUGGCAAAUUAUUAAUUACUGGUGGACUUAAUAAUCGAGAUUUUCUGAAUAGUAUCGAGUUAUAUGAUCCAUCAAGCGAGACUUGGACAACUACUGGUAGCAUGAAUGAUCCACGGGGGGAACAUAUGACAUCUGUAUUAACAAAUGGAAAAGUUUUAGUGAGCGGUGGAUACGGUAAUGGUCAUUGGCUUAAUAGUGCUGAGCUGUAUGAUCCAUCAACCGAGACUUGGACAACUAUUGAUAGCAUGAAUAGUACACGAAGUGAACACACAGCAUCCGUAUUAAUGAAUGGAAAAGUGUUAGUUACCGGUGGAUUUGAUAAUAAUGCUCUAAAUAGUGCUGAGUUAUAUGAUCCAUUAACAGGUUUGUGGACAAUCACUGGUAGUAUGAAUCAUAAACGAUGGAAACACACAGCAACCGUAUUAGUAAAUGGAAAAGUGUUAGUUAUAGGUGGAUUGGAACAUAAUGCUCUAAAUAGUGUUGAACUGUAUGAUCCAUUAACAGAAACGUGGACAGUUAUUGAUGAUAUGAAUGUUGCACGAGGUGAACACACAGUAUCCGUACUAGCCAAUGGAAAAGUGCUAGUUACUGGUGGAUCUCCUGGUGGUACGUCAUUAAAAGAUGCAGAAUUAUAUUUAUCAUUGCAAACAAAUUAA